AUGCCGAAAGGGAAGCAAUUGACAGACGUGGAAAAAGGUCAAAUUCUCGUUCUCCACAACCAAUGUUCGUCUGUCCGAGAGAUCGCAGAGUCCAUCAACAGAUCGAAGACCGUCGUGCACAACUCUACAAAGAAUCCGCAGGCAUAUGGAUCUAAAAAGAGGAGUGGAAGGCCUCCUAAACUAACACCCGUUUUAAUGCGCAAGGUAAUAAGGGAGGCUUCUAAAGGAGAAAAGUCGGCCAAUCAGAUCCGCAAGGCACUCGAUUUACCGGUCUACCGGUCGCGCGUACAAGAUCUUUUGAGGAAAUAUAUUAAUCUAAAGUAUGCCAAUUUUAUAAGUGCUCCAAUCCUCACUCCGAUGCAUAUGCCACAACAACUAGGCUGGGCUAAAAAUCAUGAAACUUAG